AUGUCGAAGAAUUUACACGUGCACGUGCGACCGCUUGGCGAACGAUCGAAUCGAGGGAACGAGAUCAGCGUCGCUUCGAAAUUUCCGUCGAGUAAACUCAAGUUGGAUGAGCUUUUUCUAAAUUGGUUGUCCCUCCGGGAGAGCCAGGAGUUGGUGAUGGAGCUGUUGCGGGAGGCGAAGGCUGGGAAGACGCUUCGGCAGCCCAAGUCGGCGACGGCUACAGCACACUCGCCGAUGACGGCGUCGACGCCGCCGCGGAGUCCAAAGAAGGGCAUGCGAGGAUCUGGCGCGUUUUCUCCGUCGAGGCGCCCGCUGUCGAGGCAGACGUCGCUGUUCAACAAUCGAGCGCCGGUUGAGAAACAAGCCAUUCCAACAUUUUACAAACCGGGAGGUGGCGGGCUGAGCGACGAGGCGAACGCCGGCAAGGUCGCACUCGCGGAGCGUUUAUUCGAGAAGUUCCCGGCCGGGAUGAAUCUACAGCCGUUCUGUGACAUUGUUCGCGACGUCAUAGGGUUGCCGCGGUUCUUCGCACGACGAGUCAUGAAGCUCGUUGCGGGCGCCAACGCAAACGUAGUCACCCGUGAGCAAUGGUUUGGAUACUGGAAUUCGACCCUUCGCCGGCAGAAAGAUGCGCAUGCGGCGAUGUUUGAAGUCUUGCGACGGCCGAACGCCCGCACGCUGGAGCAUGCGGACUUUGUCGAUGUGUUGAUGGAGAUGAUGCAAACGCAUCCGGGCCUGGAAUUUUUGCAGCACACUCGAGAGUUCCAGGAUAGAUACGUCGAAACGGUGAUUUAUAGAAUCUUUUACGCGUGCAACACAACAUGGAACGGGCGAAUGACGCUACGGGAGCUGAAGAAGUCUGAUCUGUUGGAGCAAAUGCUACUGGUAGAGGACGAAGAGGACAUCAACCGCGUGCUCUCGUACUUUUCGUACGAGCACUUCUACGUUAUCUACUGCAAGUUUUGGGAGCUCGACACCGAUCACGACUUUUACAUAGAUCGGGAGGACCUUUUGCACUACGGUAACCACGCGUUGACGUAUAGAAUAGUUGCGAGAAUUUUUGACCAGGCGGGGAAGCAAUUCAAGUCGGAAAAGCCCGGGAAGAUGUGCUAUCAAGAUUUUGUUUGGUUCAUCCUGAGCGAGGAGCACAAGAGUCAUCCCUCGGCGUUGGAUUACUGGUUCAAAUGCAUUGACAUCCAUCACGACGGCGUGAUCACGCGCGAUGAGAUCUUUUACUUCUACGAGGAGCAAAUUCAGCGCAUGGAGUGCCUGGCGCAGGAGCCCGUGCUCUUCGAGGAUAUUUUGUGCCAAAUGAUGGACAUGAUCAAGCCAGAGGUCGACGGGCGAGUCACUUUGCACGACUUGAAACGGAAUAAAAUGAGCGGGAACUUUUUCAAUGUUCUCUUUAACAUGAAUAAGUUUAUCGCUUUCGAGACGAGGGAUCCGUUCCUCAUGCGUCAAGAGCGAGAGGAGCCGCACUUGACGGAGUGGGACAGGUUCGCUCGAGGGGAGUACCUUCGUUUGUCCAUGGAGGAAGACGAAGACAUGGACACGAACAACGUCGUGAGCUGGGAAGAGUCUCCGAUGUGA